AAAGAGAGAAAAGAAAGAAAAACAAAAAUCAAUUAGUGAUAAUCACUUUUAGUAAUUAAUUAGUUACUAAAAGUGCCUGCCAUGGCUUUUCUGCUACCAAGUCUUCAACCUUCUCUUCUUUCACACUCCAAAUCCAUAGACAAACAAGUACCCCUUCUCUUUAACCACCACCAUACAACAACAAAGCCCACCAUCUCUCUCUCUUCUUCUUCUUCUUCUUCUUCUUCUUAUUCAGUCUUUGCAGUUUCUCAGGUUGCUCAGGUUAACACACCAACAACGGGUUCUCAAGAAAAGCAACAGCAGCAGCCAAAGGAUGAGUUCUAUGUUAAUCUUGGACUUGCUGUUAGGACUCUUCGUGAGGACAUGCCUUUGAUCUUCAUCAAAGACCUCAAUUAUGACAUUUACAGGGAUGACAUAACAUUCUUGGACCCUUUGAACACAUUUACUGGGAUUGAAAAGUACAAAUUGAUCUUCUGGGCAUUGAGGUUCCACGGCAGGAUCUUGUUCCGUGAGAUUGCCCUUGAUGUGUACCGGGUGUGGCAGCCUUCGGAGAACGUGAUACUGAUUAGGUGGAACCUUAGGGGUGUGCCUAGGGUUCCUUGGGAGGCCAAAGGAGAGUUUCAAGGAACUUCGAGGUAUAAAUUGGACCGGAAUGGCAAGAUUUACGAGCACAAAGUCGAUAACUUGGCAUUCAAUUUUCCUCAGACUAUGAAGCCUGUUUCGGUUUUGGAUUUGGUUACCGCUUGCCCUGCAAGUCCAAAUCCUACGUUUUUGUGGGGUCCUGUGGAUGAUUACUCUUCUUCGUGGAUAGCGUUUUACCGGGCUGUUAGGGAGACCUUGAAUCAAGAAGGGAGGUUGCUACCGCAAGAUUGCUUAGCUACUUGUUCAUAGCCAUUGCUAAGUGAUCUGUUCCAUAGGUUGUAAUGUAUACAAUAUAGUUUUAUUAGAUUAGGUACAAUGAAUUUGGUUCAUAGCAUAAAAAAAUGGUUUUUCUUCAAGGACAACAAGAGUGUACAUAGUUAGGCCCAGGGAUAUGCAGAAGAGUCAAGGUUGCUCACUCUGUUGUUGGAGGAAAUGGAGAGACCCUUAUGUUUGGUGAGCUUAUACAGAUGAUAUUACUCUUAUUAUUUAUCUAUAAGCAAUAAUCUUCUAAAAUUAUUUUGAAUAA